AUGUCAACGCUUGCAUCAUAUACAGCACCAGCCGCACAUACAUUUUCAAAUGCCGAACCCAACUUUCUACUGCCAAACAAGCUUGCUAAAGACGACACACAUGAUAACAGACUAUUCGACAGACUCCAAGAAGAAAAUGCACGUUUACCACCACAGGAGUCGACAGCAUUUAUCUUGGCACAAAUAGAGCGACAAAACGCGCUACUAGAAAAAGAUCCAAAGUCGAUUUUUAUUCAUUCCAAUGAGCUCAGAGCUCACUUUAGCACACUACAGCGACUAGUUAAGGACAACAUCGUAUCACUUAACGAGGAAGAAGAGAUCGAUUGGGGAUUUUGGGAAGCCGUCAUUCAGGAUUCGGAUCAGGUGGCGCUAAGGUUACCACAUCUAUUAUCUCUCAAGCUACGUUCAGGAAUCCCUGCACGCGUAAGAGGCUUGAUUUGGCAAGCCAUGUCGAAAUCCGCAUCAUUACAUUUGGAAACUGUGUAUGGUCAACUAUGUCAAGAGAGGUCACCGCACGAGAGGAUAAUUCAGCGUGACCUAGCAAGAACGUUUCCUCGAAUAGACAUGUUUAAGCAAGAGAACGGGAGCGGACAAACUGCUAUGAAACGAAUACUUGAAGCAUACAGUCUUUAUGAUACUGAAGUCGGGUACUGUCAAGGACUAGCCUUUCUUGUGGGCCCACUUUUAAUGAAUAUGCCUGAAGUGCCAUCAUUUUGUGUCUUUGUUAGACUAAUGGAAACGUAUGAGAUGAGAUCCAUGUUUACUCUUCAUAUGGAAGGGCUCCAGUUACGUCUUUAUCAAUUUUCAAAACUCCUUCAUGAGAUACUUCCAGACUUAUCAUGUCAUUUUAUGCAGCAUGGAGUUCAUGCAGCCAUGUACGCAUCACAGUGGUUCUUGACUUUGUUUGCUUAUGCGCUUCCUAUGGGUCUUGUCAAUCGAAUCUAUGACAUCAUAUUCGCAGAAGGAGCAGCAGAGACCAUUAUGCGUAUAGCGAUCGCCAUGCUCAAAAGGUCCUCAGAUCACAUUAUAUCACAACUAGAAGAAUUUGAAGAUAUAUUGGAUUUUGUUACCUCGCGAAAGCUGUGUUUACCCUAUGCUGAAAAUUACGGAAAUGUUAUCCGGGAUGCCGUUUCUCUUUCCCAUAUUAUUACUAAAGAAAAGCUAGACGCCCUUCAUGCUCAAUACGUUGCAGAUGAAGGAGAACAGCAUCGAAAGCUAAACAGGACCACGGGCCGGUUAGGAAUGUUUUGGAAACGAAAGAAAAAGGCGCGUCAAGAGUUGAAACGCUCGUCUACGAUGUAUCCUACUAAAAUGCAACCUUCCAAACCUCUAUUGAGAAAACGAUGGUCCUCUGUUUCUGCCAAGGAGACGACCACGCCAUUAUUUGUUGCGGAGGAAGCGUUGUCAAUUCAAAGAAGAUUAAGCAUUAGUUCUUUUUGCAGUUGUAGCUCAAUACAGAAUCAAUCUCUACCAUCAACACCUCAAAGCUUGACCGGCCCCUAUCUUGGUAGCAAUAUGCAGCUUGAAAUAGAACAUUUACGAAGAGAUCAUCAAAAGACUCUGGAUGAGCUGCAAGAAAUGAAAUAUGAUAAAGAAGAUUUAGAAUGUGAACGGGAUGCGCUAAAGUUGACUAUUUUAGAACUUGAGCGUAGAUACUGUUUAGAAAAGAUAGAUAGCAGUAACAGGAUCUCACCAGAUUUAACACUACAACAAGGCUUUGAAGGAGAAAACUCAAUGUCGACUUUAAAAAGCUUGGAAAUUGCCGAGAAUAUUCAGUCGUAUACUGAUGAUAUGACAAGUGUACUAUCAAAAGCAAGCACAUGUCUUUCUGAAGAAGUGAUGCAUACCAAAGAUUUAGAGCAACAAUGCGAAAAACUUUCUCAAGAGCUUGAACACGUACAGUCUAAAUUCGAUAUGGUCAAUGAAGGACAGAUGGCGUUGGUAGACAGGCUACUAGUCAUGAAAGCAGAGAUGGAUGAAUUAGCGGAGGAAAAGAAAAUAAAGGAAGUAGAAUGGGCUGAUGUUAUUCAAAAGAAUAGAGCCUUGGAAAAGGAAUUAGAGAAAACAAGGAAAAUUUUGGAAUAUUUCAAAUUGGAAAAUCAUUAUUUAAUAUGCCAUUAUCCAACAGAGAGUGAAAAGAAUGCGCCAUCAACCCAUCAACGGCGCCACAGUGUGUCUGUUACCCCCAAUAUGUCACACAUAGUGGAUCAACCUUUAAAAGAGUUUUGGAUGUCAUUACGUGAUCAAAAGCAGGAAACAAAAUGUCCCUCAAAGCAUUAA